CUCGCACGAGAUGGGUUCACUCGCAGAUCGAUGUGUCGUCCGGACAGCAAGGACUGCCGCUCUGAUAGUGCUGUUAUCACUAGUAGCGUGUGGUCGAGUCUGCAGCGCCAAAGUCUACACCAAGUGUCCGCUGGCCCGCGCACUGGACAGCGAGCAGAUCUCCUCGCGCACCCUCAUUUCCAACUGGGUCUGUCUGGUGUUGGCUGAAAGUGGCGGCGACACCAGUAAGGUGACGGUCCUCAACAACCAGUGGUCAAGCUACGGGAUUUUUCAGAUCAGCAGCAAGACCUGGUGCCGGGAGGGGCGCAAGGGAGGCCGCUGUAACAUGGCGUGCGAAGACUUCCUGAACGACGACCUGACGGAUGAUGCCGAGUGUGCGAAGCUGAUCUACAAGGACGGUGGCUUCGCCGCCUGGAAGGGCUGGGUCAACAAGUGCAAACAGAAGACCCUGCCGGACUUAUCCUCGUGCUGGACCUGAUCCCUUGAGGUGCAAACAACUAUCAACCCGAGCCGAGCUUCUUGGAAGCUUCUAGAAUGAGCGCGUGAGAGAAAGGCCAAAGAAAUGGUUCCAAUAAACGUUGCCUCCUAAUCAGUUCAAUUAGGAA